AUGGAUCUGCGCUCGCUGGUAAAUUACUACCAGGAGAAGGAUAAGGUGGGCGAGGAGAAGAAGGCGCAGGAGCAGUCAUACCCGCAGCUGCAGCAGCAACAACAGUACUACCAGCAGUACUACGCUUACUACGGCUACGGCCAGCAGCCGCAGCCAUCUUCGACUGAUAAGAAGAGGAAGGCCGAGGAUGCCGGAGAUGCAGAGGUGCAAGAGGCCAAUGAUGAGGUGAAGAAAUCGAAAGUCGAUGAUAAGAAGGGAAAGAAGAAAGCGGAAGAGGAAGAUGAAGAAGAAGAGGAAGAGAGCAGCGAUGAAGAUGACAGCAGCAGCGAAGAGGAAGGCGAAGGGGACGGCGAGGGCAAAAAGUUGAAAAAGAAGAAGAGGAGGGAGGGCGAGGCGAAGGAGUACUCUGAAUUCCACGGCGACACCAUGUACGAUUACCAGGGCCGCACCUACAUCUCGCCUCCUUCCAACCUGCGAGCGGCGCCACACGAGUGCUUCAUGCCAAAGAAGAUGCUUCAUCAGUGGCGACUCGGCGCCGGCAAGAAGAACAAGAGCAAGAGAAAGAAGGCCAAGGAUUUGAGGCGAAAGAAGAUGCGAAUGCAGCAACAGCAGAAGGGCAACAAGCUCGGCAACUUCUCGGUCGAGACCGUCAUCAGUAAGCCCCAGAACCAGGACCCCACCAACGGCGUGAAUGCGAUUCGGUUGUUCCCCAAGUACGGCCAUCUCGUGAUCUCGGCCAAUCUCGACGGCACGGUGAAGCUGUUCGAUCUCUACAACGACAAGCGCUGCCUGCGCACCUUCUAUGGCCACACCAAGGGCGUGCGGGACAUCCAGUUCAACCACGACGGCAGCCAGUUCCUCAGCACGUCGUUCGACCGCACGAUCAAGCUGUGGGACACCGAGACCGGCGCCUGCAUCCAGCGGUUCUCCAACCGCAAGCUCGCCUACUGCGUCAAGUUCCCGCCCCACGCGCGCGACCAGAACCAAUUCAUCGCCGGCUGUUCCGACAACCGAGUGCACCAGUGGGACAUUCGUACGGGCAGCACGGUGCAGGAGUACAACUACCAUUUGGGACCCGUCAACGCGCUCGAGUUCAUCGACGAGGGCCGACGAUUCAUUUCCUCGUCCGACGACAAGUCGCUCAGAGUGUGGGAAUGGGGCAUUCCGGUGGAGAUCAAGGAGAUCCGGGAGCCCUACCUCCAUUCGAUGCCGGUCAUGGCGCCGCACCCGACGGACCCGUGGAUCAUUACCCAGUCGAUGGACAACCAGAUCCUCGUCGUCAGCACCAAGGACAAAUUCAGGAUGAACAAGAAGAAGCGCUUCCUGGGCCAUCUCGUCGCCGGCUACGCUUGCCAGCUCGGGUUCUCGCCGGACGGGCACUACGUGAUCUCGGGCGACGGCACGGGCAACCUGUGGAUCUGGGACUGGAAGACCCACCGCAUCCUCAAGAAGCUUGAGUGCCACGAGAAGGUGCUCAUCGGCUGCGAGUGGCACCCUGUGGAGCCCUCGCGCGUUGUCACCUGCAGCUGGGACGGUACCAUCAAGCUCUGGGACUGA